GUAACAAACCGCACCAAUCGAGCACAACAACACCAAACCAACUAGCAGAAAUGUGGAACCCGAAAUCCCAAUCCUUCCUCAUCAUCUCACUACUCUGCAUGUCCGCCUUGUCGACAUGGACAGCGGCCAGCAAUGGCGGCGGCAAGCCCCUGCUCGCGGCCGUCACCAAGGACGCCUCCACCUCCCUCUACACCGCGCCGCUCAAGGACGGCCGCCCGCUCGUCCUCGACCUCUCCAGCCCGGCCAUCUCCUUGCCGUGCGACGCCAAGAAGGGAAAGGGUACGGUCACGACGACGCUCUCCGCCAACGCCACCGACGGCAAGAACCCGCUGUUCCCGGUCUCCUUCCCCGCCGUGGCCACCUGCGCCACCCCGCCGCCGGCUGGCGCCGCCGUCGUCGGCGUCGCGGGGCUGGCGCCGUCGGGCCGGUCGUCGUUCCCCGCGCAGGUCGCCCGCACGCAGAAGGUCGCGAACAAGAUGGCGCUCUGCCUCCCGAGCGACGGCAAGACGACAAGCGGCGACAGCGUGGGCGUGGCCAUCUUCGGCGGGGGUCCCUUGUUCUUCAUCCCGCCGGACCGGGGCGACUUCACGGCGAUGCUGGCCGGCACAGCUCGGCUCCACGGGUUCCAUGGAUCCCCAGGAUACUUUGUCUCCGCCACCGGCAUCACCGUGGAGCAGAAGCAAGCCGUCGGCGGGCCGCUCGCCGUCGGGCUGAGCUCGACGAUCCCGUACACGGCGCUCCGGCCCGACGUGUACGGCCCGCUGGUGAAGGCGUGGGACCAGGCGGCGUCCGGGCCCAGCUUCCCGUGGAUGCAGAGGGUCGCCGCGGUGGCGCCGUUCGAGCGGUGCUACAACUCGACCAAGCUGGCGGUGUCGCUGUCGCGGCUCGGCUACGGCGUGCCGCAGAUAGACGUGGCACUCGAGGGCGGGGCCAGCUUCCUGGUGGUCGGCGGCAACUCCAUGGUGCAGGUGGACGCCGACACGGCCUGCCUCGGGUUCGUCCGUAGUGGCAAGGGCGGCCAAGCGCCGGCGGCGAUCAUCGGUGGGUUCCAGCUGGAGAACCGCCUGCUGGUGAUCGACGAGGACAAGAAGCAGCUCGGCUUCACCACGUUUCUCAGCGCCAUAGGGCUCUCCUGCAGCAACUUCAACUUUACUCAUGCCGCCUAGCUAGGGGCGUGCUAGCUGAUCGAAUCGAAUCACGAUCGAUCGAUGCUCUAUAGCAGCCAACAUGCUUUCAGUACUGUAUACCACCAAUAAUAAUAAUCAUCAUAUAAACAGGAAAUAAAAGGGACCGUGUUUGAAAAUGA